GGGUAGUUGCCAUUGAGACCCGGGGAGCGCCACAAUCUGUUUCAAUCAGUGUUACAACUGAGCCGAACAGAUGGGAAGGACCGUACCACUGCAGUCGCUACAGGGGGGUUCCACAUUCUAGCCAACCAUAAUAAGAACAGGGAGAUGAACGCCGCACCCCUCAGCGUCUAAAAUGCGCUCGCCGUUUAAAGGGAAUGACUGUUGAAUGACUCAAGAAGUAAAAAAGUUAAACUUGUUUCGACAAACCCAGGUGACUCGUUCUGAGAUUAGUCACACUGGCGGUUACGAUUGUUUCUGUAGUUGUGUGCCAACAUGACCCCGCGUGUCAUCAUCCGACUCUGUGUUCAGAGUCUGAAGCAGCUUUUGGAACCUUCAGCAGCAUGCACCAAACUCAGCUGGCCAGCAGAGGGCAGCAUAGAACUUUCCCUUUACAAGAGGACCAACAGUGCAGUUUGCACAUCCAUCCACGAGUGACGGCAGACCAUAUCCUGACCCUGACGGUGUUUGGGGCUGCGGAUGAACGGGCCAGAGGUUUGUGCGCAGCCAUGAGCUGUCACACGGGGAGUCACCAUGAGAGGGAGGGACUUAGGCGGCGGGACAAUGCUGGUGUUUGUGCAGCGGCCCCUGAGCGGCGGGCACUUCUCUCUGAUCGCUCUCGCUUGACUACCGCUGCUGCCCGCUCGGCUGAAGGGGGAGAGAAGUGAUCCAGCCGGCGGUGGGAUGCUUCAGCAGAGUGAGAACACAGAUCUGGUUUUCAUGUGAGGUACAACAGAGCAGAAAGGCUGGCCACCACACACACACUCAGCACUGGUCUUUCAGAGGAAAAAAGGGGCGGUGCUUCCAUCCCUCGGUCGUUGGACAGGUGAGGCCUGAUACCUGUCGGCGGCUUCGGACUUUGUGAGGACAAGAGGAAGUCGAGGAGAGGAGCUCCCGAGGAGCCCAGGAGCUGGCAGGAUGGGAGACAAGAAAGUGAGUCUCCCCGCUAAGCUGAUUAAUGGGGGCGUGGCCGGCCUGGUGGGUGUGACAUGUGUGUUUCCUAUUGACUUGGCAAAGACCCGCCUACAGAACCAGCAGGGAAUCCAAGUCUACAAAGGAAUGUUUGAUUGUCUGGCGAAGACGGUGCGCUCUGAGGGAUACUUUGGAUGCUACAGAGGUGCAGCCGUGAACCUGACUCUCGUCACACCAGAAAAAGCAAUCAAGCUAGCGGCGAACGAUGUGUUCAGGCAGAAGCUCUCCAAGGACGGGCGUUUGCCUCUGUGGGGGGAGGUCCUUGCUGGGUGUGGCGCCGGGACCUGCCAGGUGGUGGUCACCACGCCCAUGGAGAUGCUGAAGAUCCAGCUGCAGGACGCGGGGCGGCUUGCCGCACAGAGACCGGUGUCGGCCGCGGCGCAGGCUGCCGCUCCUGGUCCGGCGCCAUCGUUGGUGGCGCCUCCACCACAAGCACAGUCCGCUCCUGCGCAGCGGCCCUCCGCCACCGGCAUCACGGUGCAACUGCUGAAGACUCGAGGCCUGGCGGGCCUUUACCGGGGAGCAGGAGCCACCUUGAUGAGGGACGUUCCUUUCUCCAUGAUCUACUUCCCCCUGUUCGCCAACCUCAACGCGCUGGGCCGGGACAGCGCCGGCAACCAGGCGGACACGCAGGCCCAGGCGCCGUUCUGGCAGUCGUUCGUGGCCGGCUGCUCUGCCGGGUCCGUGGCGGCCGUGGCCGUGACGCCCCUGGAUGUUAUAAAGACCCGUCUGCAAACUUUACAAAAAGGCGCAGGCGAGGACACGUACAGAGGAGUCGUGGACUGCAUGCGACGCAUCAUGGAGCGUGAAGGCCCGUCCGCAUUCCUGAAGGGCGCAACGUGCCGCGCUUUAGUCAUCGCUCCUCUGUUCGGCAUCGCACAGGUCGUCUACUUUCUCGGGGUGGGGGAAACGGUGUUGGGGAUCCUUGGAUAGCAGCGGGAACGUCUUUGGAUCCAUGGACGUUGUUUGUAUUAACAUGCUGCACAGAAUAAACAGAUGUUUACAUACGGUUCUGCUAACCAAAGCAAAGAUUAGAGAACGAUUCUUUACUAAAAAAUGAGGCUGUAGGAUCUUACACAACAGCAGCUUAUGGUUAAAAAAGUCAUUCAUGUGCGUGUGACUAAUCUGAAGGUAUAGUCAGGGUUUCCCAGGGUGGAGCUUUGUGCAAUAUGCUGAGGGAGAUCACAUUCAGGACUUCUGCACGUAGAAUGAGGCUGCUAGGUCGAACGCUAACCCAGGGGUCUGCAACCUGACGCUCCGUGGCUCUUUUACCCUCCAUUGUGGCUCUCUGGUUGAAGUAAGUUUUUAAAAACAGUAUUUUUUUGGCCUAUAAAGUGGAUAAAGUGAAACUAAAGACUCAGAAGAGUCAAACUGUAUCUAACCCAUUCACAAACCUAGACCUUAACUCUACCUAUCACUCCACAAGGCUCCUGACUACAUUACCCAUAAUGCUCCAUCCAAUCCUUUAUCACAGAAAAUCAAUCGGAAGUCAAUAAACACAAUCAGAAUUCAUACUUAAAGCACACCAGAUUAUGAAGGGAAUUUUCAUUUUCUUUGUUAAUUUUGGGAGUUUAGUUAAUAUUUCAGCUACAUGCUGGCUAAUUUAGGCUUUUUUCUUUUAGUUUUUUAGGCUAUUUUCAAAUUCAGCUAAUAUUUCAGCUUCAAGCUAUCUGUUUGGGGGUAAAUUAGACAUCAACUUCAGCGUUUUCUGCCAUCAGCUUCAGCAUUUUUAGCUAUCAAUUUCUGAAUCUUCAGCUAUUAGCACUAGCUUCUUCACCUUACAGCAUUCACUGUAGCAUCAUCGCAGGUAGUGCCAUAUAUCGAGUUUACCAAAGUCGCACUAAAAUGUUUUGACAGGUUUUUGAUCGCUGUUUAUCACAGAAAAUCUAUCGGAGCUCAAUAAGCACAAUCAGAAUUCAUACUUAAAGCAGAUUAUGAAGUGAAUUUUCUAUUUGGGGUUUAAUAUUUCAGCUACAUGCUAGCUGUUUUUACUAAUUCAGGCUUUUUGUCAUUUUUUCAGGCUGUUUUGGGUUUUAGCUAAUAUUUCAGCUUUAAGCUAGCUGUUUGGGGUAAACUAGACAUGUUACCACAGGAUAAUUUAGCAUUUAGCUAUUAUUUUAGCCGACUAUCAGCUUCAGUGCUUUUAGCUAUCAAUUUCAUCGUUUUAAAAACAUUUCAGUAUGUUAAAGAUUUUGUGUUUAAGCAUAACACAGAAAUAACCAUCCGACACAAAAAUGAAAUGAACGUGAUAAAAAUAAGACGCGCCGUAAUUAAUGAAUUAAUCUCGAUUAACGUGAUAAUUCGAGAGCCUUAUUUUUAAUUGUGGCUCCUACUGGUCACUAUUUGACCCCAGUGAGUCUUGAAAGGCUGCAGACCCCUGUGCUAACCCAUCCCACCCUUUAUUUGGUCUGUGCAUCGUCACAUACAGUCAGAAAUGCAUUUUUAGUGAAUUUUACGUGACAUACAUGUGAGCUCAGAGGAUUGGCCACCGUCUUCAGUUUACUACGCCGCCACCCCCCACGCUGCAUGCUGUCGGUCCAAAUCUUGGAUUAAUUUGCUGCUCAGGAAGGUGCUUCCUGUCAAGCCUCCCUAAAGUCAUUUGCUAAUCUGAUUGUAAUGCUUUAAUACCCAUUUUGGCAUACAAUAAAGCUUAACACAAAGGUCCCUUCCUGCUUAGAGGUCAAAGGUCGGACUGCUGAACCGCCACGGUUCUUUCCUUCAGCUUCCUAUACGGCUUAAAAACUGACACUUGUUCUGUUUAUCCAGUGGAAUACGUCACUACAAAAUAAAAAAACAGUUUAAAAUGUCAAUCAAGGCCUUAAGGCUGUUAGCUGUUCAUCAGUGAAUGUUUAAGGAGGAACCAGGAAUGUCUGAAUUAAAAACCACAUUUAUAAGUGUUAAACCCUGAAGGAAAUGUGGCUCAGAGUUUGUUUUUUAUUGUUUUUCAUCCCAUUUUGUGAUAGUCUCCAAGUCAUUCCAGUGUCCAGAAUGUAAACAGGAUGCAGUUUAUUGGUCCACAAGCUGUAAAUAAAAACAUCCCAAACUUUA